CUACGAUUUCUUUUGCUUUCUGAUACCUGCCACAGCUCUUCUUGCAAGCUGUUUUUUUCCAACGAUCCAGUGAAGAUCGUAGCGGCAAAAGGCCAGUACAUGUAUGAUGAGAACGGAAGGCGGUACCUUGACUGCAUAAACAACGUUGCUCACGUUGGACACUGCCACCCUGACGUGGUAAGAGCUGCCCAUGAACAAAAUCAACUGUUAAAUACAAACUCUCGUUAUCUGCACGACAACUUGGUGGAUUAUGCAGAGAGACUUUCAAAAACGCUCCCUGAGAAGUUGUGCGUCUUUUAUUUUCUGAAUUCUGGAUCUGAAGCUAACGACCUUGCCCUGAGACUGGCACGGCAGUACACAAAGCACGAAGAUGUUAUAGUUCUAGACCAUGCUUACCACGGACAUCUGACAUCCUUGAUUGACAUAAGCCCAUAUAAGUUCAGAAAUCUAGAAGGACAAAAGGAGUGGGUCCACGUGGCCCCUGUUCCAGACACAUACAGAGGACUUUAUAGAGAAGACCAUGAAGAUUCGGUAACAGCCUAUGCUAACGACGUAAGAAAUAUUAUUGAGCAAGCACAUAAGAGAGGCAGAAAGAUCGCUGCCUUCUUUGUUGAAUCUCUGCCCAGCGUGGGUGGUCAAAUCAUUCCCCCAGCAGGCUAUUUUCAGAAGGUUGCAGAGCACGUGCACAAGGCAGGAGGUGUAUUUAUUGCUGAUGAAAUUCAAGUUGGCUUUGGCAGAGUUGGCAAGCACUUUUGGGCAUUCCAGCUUCAAGGAGAAGACUUUACACCCGACAUUGUCACUAUGGGGAAACCAAUAGGAAAUGGGCACCCAAUUGCCUGUGUAGCAACAACAAAAGACAUUGCAGAAGCAUUUGCAGCCACCGGAGUAGAGUAUUUUAAUACAUUUGGAGGAAACCCCGUUUCCUGUGCGAUUGGAUUAGCUGUGUUAGAUGUGAUUGAGAAGGAACACCUCCAGGCUCAUGCCACAGAAGUAGGAAACUUCUUGAUGAAGCUACUCAAGGAGCAGAAAAUCAAGCAUCCCAUCAUUGGCGAUGUCAGGGGUUCUGGACUAUUCAUUGGAGUGGACUUAAUCAAGGAUCAAGCAGAAAGGACCCCAGCCACAGCAGAAGCAGAGUAUCUAAUAACAAGACUCAAGGAAGAAUAUAUUCUACUGAGUACAGAUGGACCAGGAAGAAAUGUGCUUAAAUUUAAGCCUCCAAUGUGCUUCAGUAUGGAGGACGCAAGAUUUGUUGUGGACACAAUUGACAAACUGCUGACAGAUAUGGAAAAAGAACAUUUGAACCAGCAGGAAACUUCCACUUGUUCUACCUGAGCAGGUUUCAAACAAUGUUCAAGAUCUACUACUAAGAAACAUCAUUCUACUAUAAUAAUGCACAUUUACUCUUCAUCCUAGCAUGUCUUAGACCAGAUAAGUUACCUUUGAUUGUGUUCUUUUCAGUUAAUCUUGUUAUUAGUAAAAGCUUUAGGAGAAAUAAAUUUUACAAGAGUU